CAGUUUCUGAGCGGAGAGCGUGUCGGUGUUGACUUGCUCUGAGAAAAUGUUUGCCUGCCAAGGUUGACUGGCAUAACAGUUAUUUUAAGUGGAAUUAUACUUUAGAAUAUUAACUUCGAUAUUGCAGAACACAAAACAUGGAGGAAAAGAAGGAAGGUUUCCAAGCCUUGAGGGCCAAGUUUCAUACCCAGACAGACAUGAGCGAAGCCAAGCCGCCGCCUCCAGUCCUGGUCAGGCAGGCUAACGUCUUCGGCUCCAACCCCCAGGCUAAUGGACCCUUCAAACCCAGCCCUAGAAGCUCCCCUCUGGGUUCGAAUGUGGGCACCCCUCCCCCUCCUAAAAUCCAGGGAGCCAUUCGAGCCUUCGGGGAAUCCUCGCGAUUUCCCAAACCAGAGACUGUCAAGUCAGGCAGCCCAGGGAAUGAAAGGCCCUCCCCUGUUGCUUUGUUCCCCCGACCCCCAGGACCAGGCCGGGUGAUUUCUAGUGACAGUGGAGAGUUACUAGACAGUCCUGUCAAGUCCAAAGCUGAUGAAUUUCGCCACAACUUGAUGCUGAUACAGCAAGGAAAUCGUGGGUCACCAGAUGGGCCUAGAGAGACCCCCAGACCUGCUGCACCUUCCCCUGCUUUGGUCCCACCCCUACGCAGCCAGAAGAGCGUCACUGAGACCCCCGCUCCCUUGAGGAAGCCCCUCCCCCCUGAAGCGACUCUGGGCUCCAAACCCAUCAAGCCCAAGAGACCCCCUCUCGUCAAUCUGGAUAACUUCAGGAAAGGCAAGCUUCCCCAGUUGCCUGGACGACUAUCUGUUGGGAAGGUGAUUGUGGCCAGCAAACCUCCACUCCCAGGAUUCAACGCCCCCCCUGCCCCGCUACGUCCUGGACAGAGGCCCAGCCCCUCCAUGCCGCAGCGUCCCCCAGUGCCUGAAGAAGAAGAGCAGGACACAUACGACGACGUGGAUUUCGUCUCGCCGUUCCCUGCCCCCCCACCCCUGCCAGUCAAGCAAGAUUCCUGGAAUAACCAAGGAUCUAAUCAAGGAGAUGAGGACAGCGAUGGCAGUGAGAUCUAUGAAGAGGUUGACAGCACGGAGACCCAGCAUCACAAAGCGGGAAACGACAAGAAGAGACAGAAGGAACUGAAGCGGCAGCAAGAGCUCGACAAGAAAGAAAUGAAAGAGAAGCAGAAACGAGAAAGCGAGUUCAGGAAGAAAUUCAAGCUGACAGGUUCAGUGGAGGUCGUUCACUCAGCGAAGGUUAGGGUGGACUGUCGUGGAGGAAAGAACGAUCUGUGCGUCAAGCAGGGAGAGAUCGUGGAGAUUGUGAGGGUGAAGAACAAUCCUGAAGGAAAGUGGCUUGCCCGAACACUUGACGGAACCUAUGGCUACAUUAACAACACCAGCGUGGACGUGGAUUAUGAAGAAGUGAAGCGGAAGAUUCAGAGCCAGGACCGAAGCCGGGUGCUCGAGUCCUCCUCAGGGCCUGUGCAGGAUGAGGAUUUCUAUGACGAUGUGGGCUCCUCAGAGCAAAUGAGCAGCAGCCGAAAAGCAGAUAAUGAGGACGUUUACGACGAUGUCGAAGCAAUCUCAGAGGAAUUCCCUCCCCCACCUCCUGAAAUCUGCCUGGACCCAAGGAGGAGGAAGAAGGAAGAGAAGGAGGAAAAGGAGUUCAGAAAGAAGUUUAAGUAUGAAGGGCCAAUUGAAGUCCAGUACCAGAUGAUGGUGGACCCCAAUGCAAACAUCAAGAAGACUGGAGGGAAGGACUUGCCCCUGAUCAAAGGAGAGAUCCUGGAUGUCAUUAAGCUGGUCAAUGACAAGAAAGUCAUUUGUCGGAACAAGCAAGGGAAAUAUGGCUAUGUUCCCAAAUCUGUUCUGCUGCAGGCGGAAGGAGACAUAUACGACGAUGCUGAAACUGCUGCUGAUAUCUACGAUAAUGACUGAUUCCCAGUAAAGUCUGAAGAACAAGAGAAACUUGAAUACCUUGCCUCAGGAAUUCUGAAGAGCUUUUCAUUCCAAUUUCCCCAAAAGAAGACAUUCCUCUGAAGUUCCAUUUACAAGCUUUUCUCUUACGCAGUAAACCUGAGAAAUAUUUCCUCGCUUGCGAUCUUCUCUGAGACUUAUUCAUUCCUUAUUCAUAUGCUUCAUACUGCAGGACACUGAACAGGAAAGGGAGCUAGUGUAAAUAGCAAAAGGCACAACAAGCAGCUUUAGUAUAUUAGCCCAGCGAUUUUUAACUUGAUGAAACUUUAGGACACAGAUUAAAUGUUUGGGAAAAUAUUUAUAAACAUGUUUUUAUUUCUUAAACUAGCCAUGUCAGGUAAUAUUUAGAAACGUCUCAGGUAACAAAUGUGAAACUGCAACUGAUAUUGUGAGAAGCAAAUGAACGGAAGCACACUGAUCCAGCUCCAAGGGGUGUUCCGAGACUCGUACUUUCCGAAUAAUUACCAUUGCGAAAAUAUUCCUUAAUUUCAAUAAAACAUCAUUAUUGAGUUCCAUCGUAACAACCUGACAGUGUUAUUUAAUGUAGAACCUGUCGUGCUCCCAUUUAAAACGAUUAUUUGUCUUAUCUUUCUUUUUAUACCUUUGAUAUUAAAUCAUUGUUAUUUCCCUUUGCUGACACGUGUCAUCUCUGCAGUGAAUUGUGUGAUGAAUCAGUUGCAUUUGCUAGUUUUGCAACAUAUUUUCAUUGUCAGUUUACGACCUCUGUAUGGCAAUAAAAAUGUCAGCGCCCAGGAUGAAAGGAAAAUUUGCUUCCAAAUGACUUUUAAAAUGCUCAAUGCAGAAGUUAACUGUCAUUGUUUGCUACUCAAAGGUGAUUGGAAGGUCAACUUGUUUUGAAAUCAACACAUUAAUGAAUUAAUUUAUUCAAUACCUGCCAAUAAAUACUUCUUAAAGGUAUUUACUCAGAAAAUACUUGUAUAAGCGCACCCCACCUGAUCACACCCUUAGUGAAUUUGAUGGUGUGAUCCUCUCUGCAAUCCGGAACCUGUCUAUUCUGGAAUCCAACAUGAUUUAUAAGUUUUGUUUGCCUAAAACCGGCACACACUCAUGGCUUUUUCUUUUUCUUUUCUAAGGUCUUAAUAAAGAAUGUUGUGUAAACAUGCAUAUGUCCUGCAGGGUAUGGUACAUGUAUGCAAAAUCCUUGCUUACAUAAUGGAGAAAAUGACAUUCAAAUGAACAUGGUGCACCUGGACAGCAUUGUAUAGAGUUGUUUUUAAGUGUUCAUGUAUAGGUUUUAGGUAUUAGAUUUUGCAAUACCUCUGUAAAUUAGCACACUGGAUAAUUCGGCACAA